UAAGCUCCCCUUUUCCUUCUUCAGUUGUGGCUGCAUCUUUCUCUCAAUACUUGGCCCCUAAACAGGGACCUAAAAAUUUUCCUUGGUGCCAAGCCAGGAUCAAGCCAAGACUUGCCUCUGACGUAGUCUGAGCAGACAGAUAGCCGUCCUUUUUCCCUUCCCCUUCUCUUCACCACACCCUGAUAUCUCCUUCCUGGAUCUUUUCCCCCUGUCUCAGGAUUCCUAUCCAAGAGGGGCAAAGAAGAGUUGAAGUCACCAGUCAGAGCCCGUAUGGCUUCCUUCCUGAAGCCCCUUCCCCCAGAUCCUUGCAGGCUGAGAAUUGGGUGCAUGAAUCUGCAGCACAGGGCAGAGGCAAGCAGGCAGUUGUGAACCAUGCGUACUAACCAGAUUAUGAAAUACACUCUCUUUACCUCCUGCUACCUCUUCUGGGUGAGUCAAAAGGGGGAAUAUUUGGCAGUGCUGGGAUAUGCAUUGGCUUUACCAGGGAAAACUACCGGUUUCCAGGAAGGCUGCGUAGCAGAGAUGGUGUCACAAAGGCCCUAUAACCCAUCUUGUAUCUUAAACUCUGGGAAUGCUGGGUAGCCAGUGGGCUCAUGGUGGCUGUUGGAAUUUACGCCAGGCUCUCAAAGGAAGCAGGUGCUGUGGACUCCUUGUUGGCUGAUCCCUCCAUAAUUCUUUUAGCAGUGGGCACCCUGAUUUUCUGCAUCACCUUUAUGGGCUGCUUGGGAGCCCUACGGGACCUCACACUAAUGCUGAAAAUGUUUGCCUGGAUCUUGCUCAUCAUUUUCAUUCUGCAAGUGGUGGCUGCAGUUUUAGGCUUCAUCUUCUCUGGCAUGGUGAUGGAAAAAGCCACAUUUUUGAUGGGCCAGGCCAUUUCCCGCUAUCGUGACAACCUUGAUUUACAGAACCUCAUCAACUACAUUCAGAAGAAGUUCAAGUGCUGUGGGGUUCACUCAUACAAGGACUGGUCCCAGAAUAUUUAUUUUGACUGCCAAGACACCAAUCCCAGUCUGGAGCGUUGUGCGGUGCCUUUCUCUUGCUGUCUGCAAGACAAAGAGGUUAUGCUAAACACCAUGUGUGGCUAUGGGACACAGAAUCUUAAAGGCUGGCAAGCAGAGAACUUGGUGUACACAGAGGGCUGCCUAGAGAAGAUUGUCCACUGGGGACGGAGCAACCUGUUGCUGAUGGCUGGGCUGGCAUUUGGAUUGUUGGUCUUGGAGGUUGUUGUCUUUCUUCUGGCAGUGAUGCUCAUUUAUCAGAUUGAUUUCAUCAUCCAGAAGCGCAGAAGCACCAAGACAAGGAGGAGGCAGAGUUUCCCUGAGAAGUGAGAAAGAAGGCAGCAAGGGAUGGAAGGGAGCUGUGAAUCAGCUUUCCUGAACCCAAUAGCCUUUGGAUGCAUGAAACUACGUACUGAAACUGCCAGGAUUCCCAUGUUGCCUCAGAAUUCUGGGGCUUACAGUCCCAAUACACCUGAUGGCCACCUGAUUGUAAAAGUCUGCUAUAAAUAUGCCAUUUUCAUGCAUCAGUUACAGGAACAGGGUUUUUUUUUUUAUCCCAAAUUCACACUCUGGGUUUGAAAUAUUUGUUGUUUUAAUAUUGCGGCUUAUAUGGAUUGAAGAAACAAAUAGCCUGGUCAUAGAGGUUCAGUUAGAGUGAUUGCCUCCAAAGGGAACCAUACUCUGGGUGCCCUCCUAGUGGGCACAUGGACACACAUAGUCUUCCAACAUCCAACAAAUACAGAUUAUGAGGAAAAUACUGGGAAAAGAGGUUGGGGAGUCAGCCAUUCUAGGUAGACGAAACUAAGAAACCAAUGCCAUAGAGCAGGGGUAGGCAACCUUGGCUCUUUUAUGACUCCUGGACUUCAACUCCCAGAAUUCCUGAGCCAGUGUGCUGGACCAGUAUGUAGCCAUCUUGUCAGAGUGUAUGUCUGGUUUAGGCACUAAGAAGUGUGCUGUUAUAGCAAUUAGCAUUUGAGGGGUUACAAGCUGCCUCCUUAAGAGAUGGACUUCUGGAAAAUGUACAGUAGUUUAGUUGUUACAUGGUUAUAUCUGUGUUCUAAUUGGCCACUGGGAGGAUCUUGUGUCUUUAUUACCAGACAUACUGUUAGGUGCCAGUUUUUAUUAGCUUUCUCCAUGACUCCUAGCCAUGAGGCUGAGCUGGCAGCAUGUAAUGUUUAUGUGGAAUGGGGAAAUCCAUUAUUCUUUUACGUGUGAAAUGGGUCCAGAUUACAAUCUAUAUUCUGGAAGAACUUCUACAAUAACGGUGAGUUAAUGUCUUGAGGAUACCUGGAAUAAAGUAAUUUGUAUGACUUAUCCACUGAGUUUAUUCUGCCCAUUUCAAGUGGAAUCCAGCAACCUUCUCUGCAUGAGACUUGUGGACUUCAGCCAUGCUGGCUCAGGAAUUCUGGGAGUUGAAGUCCACGAGUCAUAAAAGAGCUAAGGUUGCCUACCCCUGUCAUAGAGUGAGGACUAUUUUUAUUGUAAGGCUAUACAAGUAGUCUCCUCUUACAUCCGAUUGUUUAGCAACCAUUCAAAGUUACAAUGGAUACCUCAAAAGUUACUUAUGUCCUGGUUCCAAAGUUGUGAGGGUUGAAUAGUCCCAUAAUCACAUUUUGGGUGCUUGGCAAUUAGUUCACCUUUUUGGCCAGCUGCAGCAUUCUGCAGUCAUAUGACUGUGAUUUAAGACAGUUUUUACUGAUUUCUGGCUUUUGGGGCAAGUUUCCGACAAAAAUGCCCUUAGGAAUACAUCAAUUCACUUAACAACUAUGGCAUUCAUUUAAUGACCACUGCAAAAAGAAGCCAUAAAGUCAGGUCAAGUCACAUGAGUGCCUUGACUUAUAAUUGUCCUGAAUUAUGACAGAAAUUCCAGGCUCCAUUACGGUCAUAAGUUGAGGAUUACCUGUAAUAAUAGAAUCUUACAAGUCUGAAUGUGCUUCCUCAUUUUAUAUUCACUAAGGAGAGGUUUCCCUGAGAUAUUUUCUCAAGUUAUUUUCUUGGUCUAGGCUCAAACCCCACCGAUCUGACCAUUAACAGAAUAACGGAGUUGGAAGGGACCUUGGAGGUCUUCUAGUCCAACUUCCUGCUCAAGCAGGAAACCCUAUGCCAUUUCAGACAAAUGGUUGUCUAAUCUCUUCUUACUUGGUAGCAGUUCCUCCUCAAGGCCAUUCCUUCUUUUCUCUACAGAUGGGGAAAAGAGAAAAAAUAACCCUUACUCUCCCCACCCAUAAAAGAUUAAGCCUAAUGCUAUAAUUCGUUAUGAAAUACAAUAAAAACUUUCAAAAACAA